UUGAUAUUCCUUUGCUCUUUAACUUUGUUCCCCAGCAGUGUGCAGUUUACUGUCUGUGCUGUUGUCAUCUAACAAAGGGGGUGGGGAGACAUUAAAGGGCCAUGCCAGUCAAUGUUGUGUUGGACGGUCCAGCCCCCUGGGGCUUUCGCCUGACAGGAGGAAAGGACUUUAACCAGCCCUUGACCAUCUCCAGGAUCACUCCUGGCAGUAAGGCCUCUGUAGCCAACCUGUGUGCCGGUGACGUCAUCCUGGCCAUUGAGGGAGUCUCAGCUUCAAACAUGCUGCACUGUGAAGCUCAGAACAAGAUAAAAGAGUCCACCAAUCAGCUCUGUCUUACUAUUGAAAGGAAUGAAUCAAGGCUGUGGUCACCACGUGUUGUGGAGCAAGGUAUAGCUCACCCAUAUAAAAUCAACCUGGAAGCAGAGCAACAGGAAUAUAAACCUAUUGGCACUGGUCAUAACCGGAAAGCUCAGCCAUUUGUUGCAGCAGCAAACAUCGAUGACAAGCGUCAAGUGGUCAGUGCAGCCUACAACACUCCUAUCGGCCUCUACUCCUCAGGCAACAUCCAGGACGCCAUGGAGGGCCAGAUCCGAGGCCUGGUUCACCAAAAGCCUGAGAGCCCCAGGACUUUGACCAGCAUUGAGGAUUCUGACGUAUACCAGAUGUUACAGAAAGACCAGGAGGAGCCUCAUGAGCCUCGACAGUCUGGCUCGUUCAGAGCUCUGCAGGACUUUAUUGACAGUGAUGGCACUCGUCCCAUUGUGACCAGGACAGUAAAAGCCCCGACGACCAAACCAACUACACCCACAGGAAACCUGCAGAAACUGCCCGUCUGCGACAAGUGUGGGAAUGGGAUUGUCGGGACGGUGGUGAAAGCACGAGACAAGUAUCGCCACCCCGGCUGCUUUGUGUGCACCGACUGUGACGUCAACCUCAAACAGAAGGGCUAUUUCUUUGUGGAAGGGCAGAUGUACUGCGAGACUCACGCUCGUGCUAGAAUGAGACCACCGGAGGGACACGACCUCAUCACAACUUAUCCUUCUGCAUAGAUCCCCCCUCUGAUGAGCACAGGCACAAACACAGAGAGACACACAGAUAUGAACAGACACACUCUGGCCAACACUCCUACAUCGUCCUACAUUUGUUUUAUGUGUUUAUCUUCACUUUGUGUUGUGUUGUGAUGUGUUGUCUGCGUGCAAUAAUAUUUAAAUGAGAAUACACUUUUCUCUCUGAACACAACAGUAUGAUGUUUUGACCUAUAAGUCACCUCUGUGUAGGAACAUUUGGCAGGUGAUAAUUGAAGAGCCUGAUUGUUUAAAGGGUCCUGGAGAAGAGACUAACAAACAUAACGCCACUUUCAUCUUUCCAGUUCCUCAAACUUUGAUGUCUGUCCAAUAAAGACCUCUGUUCAUACUGUAA